CGGGCUCGCUCGGAGUCUCCCGCUCGCAGUCGGCGUCUCUCUUCUCGUCUACCUCAGCUCCUUCCCUAAGGCGGGGCGGCCUCUCCCCUUUUGGGGAGGGAGGGAAGGAAGUGGCGGGGGAGAAGCAGGGGGAGAGCCGCCUUCUGUGAGGGACUCCGCGCCGCGGCUUCUCCUCCCGGGAACAAAGAGGCGCGAAGGCGAGGGGCCGAGCGGGCGGAGGAGGGGUCCCCUUCGCGCCGACGGCCUCUGCGGACAUGAUAAAAGAGUGAAGAGGCAUGGAUAUAACAUGAUUUCUUUGACAUGCUCAAAAACGAUAUGAAUUUUAUACAAGUUUAUUCCUUGGUGAACUAAAUAAAAGAUGGAUGAAUCAGCCUUAUUGGAUCUGUUGGAGUGCCCUGUCUGCUUAGAACGCCUUGAUGCUUCUGCGAAAGUCUUACCUUGCCAGCACACAUUUUGUAAGCGAUGUCUGCUGGGUAUUGUAAGUUCCAGAAAUGAACUGCGAUGUCCAGAAUGCAGGACGUUAGUUGACUGCAGUGUUGAUGACCUUCCCAGUAAUAUUUUACUAGUUCGAUUACUGGAUGGCAUUAAGCAGAGGCCCCGGAAACCAGGUGCUGGGGUGAAUUGCACAAAUUCAUUAAAAGCCCAGAAUAGCACUGUUGCUAAUUGCAUUCCAAAAGACCUGCAAAGUUCUCAGAGUGGCCAGCAGCAGAGAGUGCAAGCACGGAGUCCCCCAGUUAGGGGUGUACCUCAGUUACCCUGUGCCAAAGCAUUAUAUAACUAUGAAGGGAAAGAGCCUGGAGAUCUUAAAUUCAGCAAAGGAGACAUCAUCAUAUUACGACGGCAAGUUGAUGAAAAUUGGUACCAUGGAGAAGUCAGUGGUGUCCAUGGAUUUUUUCCUACGAACUUUGUCCAGAUUAUUAAACCUUUGCCUCAGCCGCCACCGCAGUGCAAAGCACUUUAUGAUUUUGAAGUUAAAGACAAGGAAGCAGAUAAGGAUUGCCUCCCCUUUUCAAAGGAUGAUAUUUUGACUGUGAUUCGCCGAGUGGAUGAAAACUGGGCUGAAGGAAUGCUGGCUGACAAAAUAGGAAUAUUUCCAAUUUCUUAUGUUGAGUUUAACACAACAGCAAAGCAGCUGAUAGAACUGGACAAACCCUCAAGUUCUGCAGUAGACUCUGGAGAAGGCACUUCUGGUGCAUCCCACAGCAGUUCAGUUCAAAAACACAUGGAUACCAAAAAGAACACCAAAAAGCGUCACUCCUUUACCUCCCUUACCAUGUCCAACAAGGCUUCCCAGUCUUCUCAGAACCGUCACUCAAUGGAAAUCAGCCCUCCUGUCCUCAUCAGCUCCAGUAAUCCCACCGCUGCAGCCCGCAUCAGCGAACUUACAGGCCUUUCUUGCAGUGCACCUUCUCAGGUUCAUAUCAGUACGACAGGGCUAAUUGUGACUCCACCACCCAGCAGUCCAGUAACAACAGGACCUUCAUUUACCUUUCCACCAGAAGUCAAUUACUCAGCUGCUCUUGGUAAUAUGAAUCCUCCUCUUCCACCACCACCUCUCUUGUCAGCUACAAUCAUUGCUUCCUCAUCGACUGGGUUACCCUCAGGAGCAGCACAAAAAUCUGCAUCAGGAUCCACUGAGCAAAUAGCACAUUUACGCUCACAGGGAAGACCAAGUGUAUACAUUGCUAUAUAUCCUUACACUCCUAGAAAAGAUGAUGAACUGGAACUGAGAAAAGGCGAGAUGUUCUUGGUAUUUGAGCGUUGUCAGGAUGGCUGGUUCAAAGGCACCUCCAUGCAUACAAGCAAAAUUGGGGUGUUCCCUGGCAAUUAUGUGGCACCAGUCACAAGAGCGGUGACAACUGCCUCCCAAGCAAAAGUCCCUGUAUCUACUGCCGGUCAGACAGGGCGGGUGGUGACCAUGGUCAGCUCUUCUACUGCUGGAACACUGCAGAAACUUCAAGGAAAUGGUGUAGCAAUGAAUUCCAGUGUGGUACCAACAGCAGUGGUUUCUGCAGCACACAUACAAACUAGUCCACAAACCAAGGUUCUUAUGCACAUGACCAGCCAAAUGACAGUGAACCAAGCUCGUAACGCAGUUCGAACAGUUGCAAUACACAGCCAAGAAAGACCUACAGCCACAGUGACACCGAUUCAGGCUCAAAGUUCAGCAUGCCUUAUUCCUGCUGCUGUAAUUAUUCCACAUCAUUCCGUUGCCUCCCAACAGCUCCAACCUCAGCUUUCCAACACAGCUACUUAUAUCACAGCUGUGAACAUCAACCGGACAAAUGUCCCACUGGCUUGCGCAGCAGCUACGUUAAACUCUCCUGUCGCUUCCGCAUCUCUGGAUGGAGAUGCCAGUGGAAGGGUCGUGGCGGUUCAUCCUGGAGCUCCAGCUUCCACAGAGAAUACAUUAGCAGCUGGUGGGGUUACUACUGUCAGUAAGCCAGACAGAGACAGCAAGAAAGAAAAAAAGGGGUUGCUGAAAUUGCUUUCUGGAGCAUCUACAAAGCGCAAACCUCGAGCGUCUCCACCAUCAUCACCAACGUUGGAAGUUGAACAGGCAGCUGCAGAGCUCACCCUACAAGGUGCUGUCGGGCCAGAGGUGCCAUCAACUUCUGGUCAUGCAAAAGCUGAAUCCUGUGCCAUGGAUGGAGAAACGUCAUCAGUAGUAAUGCAGGAGACUAGCCAUCGGAAAGCAAGUUCUUUAGAUUCUGGUAUUCCUAUAGUCCCCCCUCCGCGGCAGCCCUGCUCUUCAUUAGCCCCAGUCCUGAAUGAGUCCAGGUCUGUGGUCUGUGAACGAUACAGGGUUGUGGUAUCUUAUCCUCCUCAGAGUGAAGCUGAGCUGGAGCUUAAAGAAGGAGACGUUGUUUUUGUUCACAAAAAACGUGAAGAUGGCUGGUUCAAAGGCACCCUGCAACGCAAUGGGAAAACUGGCCUGUUCCCAGGCAGCUUUGUAGAGAGUAUCUGAGAAGAGAAGUAUCUGGUAGAGAGUAUCUAAGAAGUAUCUUGUUUCAAAUCACACAGCACUAUAAAAUAGCACAAAUAUUUUACAAAACAGAGUGCAGCCAUCGAAGACGACUUUUUGAAUUACUGUAAUAUAACAAAUUUAUAUUUAUGUUUUUUUCCAGUAUCUCAUAGCACAAUUUUGCCAGCAAAGAAAGAUUAUGGCAUUUGCUGGGCUAUUUUUUUUAAUCAUUUUGAAUUCUUGCGUGUAAUGUGUGCCUUGUAAUGUCUGAUUUAUUCUACAGAUGAACUUUUUAAAAAAUAUAACACAAAAGAACUAUUGUUUACAAGGCUGUAACUAAUUUAUUCUUCAUUUUCUAAACUUGAAUUCUGUUUGAUAGCUAAAUCUUGGUGAUUAUGAUUAACAAGUUAUUAAUUUAUGAAAAUGAAUUAAGGAGGCUGGAUUCUCUCUUUUAUACAAAGGCGUCGUGUCUGACAGAUUGCUUUCUCCCACUGUACAUGGCAGUAAACUGAGUUCGUUUUAUAGGUAAAUGUUGGCUGUAAUGAUAGUGUUGUGGUGUCAAACUGAAACUGGGAUAAAAUGGCAUUGUGGGCUUAUUCUUAUUUGGGAUGAGAAGCUCUCUGUCAAUGGCAACGCUAAAUUCCCCAGGCAGUAUAACAUUUCUGGAAAGCAAGACUAUAACUGUGCAACUGAUUUAAACCUUAACAUUCUCAAAGUGAGAAUGAGAAACGCAGAAUAUGCCAGAAACGGGGGGAACAACUUCCUUUAGCUUCUGUUUGUUCAAGAAUUUGGACCUCUGACAAGAUUUAGCUUUGCACAUUUGGCUAGCUGUUUGGGUACUUGGCAGUCGCCGAAUAUAGAGACAUAAAACUAUGUUAAUCAAAAAAGCUUGGAAGAGGGAAAUUGAAUUAGUGAGAUCUGAAAGCGUUUCUGGGAUUCAAAAUUUAAAUUGAAGUUGCACACCCUGUCUAUGCCAAGAAAUGUCAUUUGCUUCUUUAUCUUUUCAAAGUGACCUGCAUGGCUGAGAGACAAUUUUUACAAUGUAUGGGCAACAGUGAUGGUGAGUGAUACACUUGUGUUUUUAAAGUAAAGGCUGUAAGAACACUGUGAAAAUUUUGCUAAUUUUGUAACUGGCUACUUUCAUGUUUCUUCACUUCUCAUCAUUUGGCAUGUGUUGCCAACUCACAGGCAUAUAAAACAGUGCAUGAUUUGUAAAUUGCAUUCCAAUGUUCCGUUGUGGGUUAACUCUAAAAAGGGCCCACUUGAGGAUUUUUAAUCAACCAAUUUUCUGCCAGCACAAAAGCCACUGACCAAAACUAGUGAGUGAGUGACUCCCAAUUAGUUAGAGGGUAUUUUUGUGUUCAAUUUUGAAUAUCCUUCCAGUUGUGAAUAUCUAGAAAUAAAAGUGUUUUUAGCCUCCCCCAAA